AUGGUGAGUGGUAACAUGAGAAACAAAAGUGGGAACAAAGCCUCACUGGCAUUCUUAUUUACAACUAGUGCUCUUCUAGUAGUAGUAGUUUCUUUGUGUUUUCCACUUUUGGCUAAUGCAUAUAGGCCUAUAAAGUCACGAUUUCCUAAAUCUCCAACACUACCACCACCAAAGAAGCCAGCUUAUGUGCCUCCAACACCACCUACCCCGGGAAAGCCGAUAAAGCCUCCACCACCGCCAUAUAAUGGAGAAUCCGUGUCAUCCACAGUACUACCUAACCUUGGCAAGAUCAGUCAGCCAGUAGUAAAAAAGAAAUUACCACUAUCAAAGAAGUCUCCACCACAGAACCAAGACUCUGUGCCAUCUAUGUUACCUAAUCUUGGAAAGAUCAGCCAACCAGUAGUAAAACAUAAGUCUCUACCACCAAAGGAGUCUCCACCAAAGAACCAAAUCUCUGAGCCAUCUAUAUUACCCAAUCUUGGAAAGAUCAGCCAACCAGUAGUAAAGAAAAAAUCUCAACCACCAAAGAAGUCCCCACCAUAUAGCCAAGACUCUGUGCCAUCAAUAUCACCAAACCUUGGAAAGGUCAGUCCACCAAUAGCACAGAAGAAAACUAAACCGCCGAAGAAGUCUCCACCACUUAACGAAGACUCUGCGCCAUCUAUAUCACCAAACCUUGGAAAGGUCAGUCCACCAGUAGCACAGAAGAAAACUAAACCACCAAAAAAGUCUCCACCGCUUAGCCAAGAAUCUGCGCCAUCUAUAUUACCAAACCUUGGAAAAAUCAGCCAACCAGUAGUAAAGAAGAAAUCUCAACCACCCAAAACAUCCCCACCACAUAGCCAAGACUUUGUUCCAUCUAUAUCACCGAACCUUGGAAAGAUCACUCCAUCGGUAGCACAGAAAAAAACUAAACCACCAAAGAAGUCUCCCCCACUUAACCAAGACUCUGAGCCAUCUAUAUCACCAAACCUUGGAAAGGUCAGUCCACCGGUAGUACAGAAGAAAACUAAACCACCAAAGAAGUCUCCACCGCUUAGCCAAGACUCUGUUCCAUCUAUAUCACCAAACUUUGGAAAGGUCAGUCCACCAGUAGCACAAAAUAAAACUAAACCACCAAAGAAGUCUCCACCGCAUAGCCAAGACUCCGCGCCAUCUAUUUUACAAAACCUUGGAAAGAUCAGCCAACCAGUAGUAAAGAAGAAAUCUCAACCACCAAAAUCAUCCCCACCACAUAGCCAAGAUUCUGAUCCAUCAAUAUCACCAAACCUUGGAAAGGUCGGUCCACCGGUAGCACAAAAGAAAACUAAACCACCAAAGAAGUCUCCACCACUUAACCAAGACUCUGCGCCAUCUAUAUCACCAAACCUUGGAAAGGUUAGUCCACCGGUAGUACAAAAGAAAACUAAACCGCCAAAGAAGUCUCCACCACUUCACCAAAACUAUGCACCAUCUAUAUCACCAAACCUUGGAAAGGUCAGUCCACCGGUAGCACAGAAGAAAACUAAACCACCAAAGAAGUCUCCACCGCUUAGCCAAGACUCCGCGCCAUCUAUGUUACCAAAUCUUGGAAAGGUUAGUCCACCAGUAGUACAGAAGAAAUCUCAACCACCAAAAACGUCCCCACCACUUAACGAAGAUUAUGUGCCAUCAAUAUCACCAAAUCUUGGAAAGGUUAGUCCACCUGUAACACAAAAGAAAACUAAACCACCAAAGAAAUCUCCACCACUUAACCAACACUCUGCACCAUCUAUAUCACCAAACCUUGGAAAGGUCAGUCCACCGGUAAUACAAAAGAAAACUAAACCACCAAAGAAGUCUCCGCCACAUAAUCAAGACUUUGUUCCAUCAAUAUUACCUAACCUCGGAAAGGUCAGUCUACCUGUGGUAAAGAAGAAAUUUCAACCACCAAAGAAGAAAUCUCCACCACUUUAACUAGGACAAGGCUUGGUUAUUCAUUUGAGCAAAUAAAAGCAGAGAAGCCAUGGCACAUAUCUUGUGUGGUUCAUUGAUGAUUUAUUUUCACUCUAUAAAUGGAAUCAAUAUAGAUGAACAUAGUUAAAUGGAUAGAGUGCUAUCAAUAUUAGGUCGAUCUAUUAUCUUAUAAAUCAAAUCAAAGUAAAGUUGAUAAAAGUAAAGUUCAAUAUUAGA